CAACAACAUGUUUGGGAGGCUAGCUUGACUAGGUAGCCCCAGACAGUAACUUUGAGACCAUGCAUGUUUCUUGCUGACAUUGCCAUGGGUAUUGCUAACGCCAAUCAGUGAUGGAUUCCAAGCCUCGCCGGCUGCCCUUUACGGUGUCCAGCACCCCAUCGUCUUAUUCUUCCCAUUCAUCCUCUUCCCCCUCCUCCCUGGGAUCCAGCAGGCUCUAUGGAAGAUCCAAUGUCCUGAACAGUGAUCGAUUCACCAGGGCCACACCCCUUAAACCUGACCUCGACCACCAGAGCUCUCGGUUCCUCAGCUCGACCAGGGACUACAGUAGUUCUGAUAGCCGCCACUCCAGCUGGAAAUCCCCUCUGACGACCUCCUCUGUCUCCUACGAUCGCUCCUGGGCCGACUCCUCUCUGGGCAGCCGCAGCAAACUGACUGAUUCAGAGAGAAGACUGGGGACGUACUCAGGACUUCUCAGCAACACAACUGAUGAUGGGGAUACCAAACGGGCCAAACUGUCCUACACCAACCGAGCUGCAUAUACAAGAAGCCCCUCCUCCUCAGUGACUGGCUCCUCCUCCUCCAGCAGUGUCCUCAACAGAGACUCUGAUUUGUCGUCGUGGAAGUCGUACCGGCCUCUGUCCAGGUCGUCGUCCUCCUCCUCUUCUUCCUCCUCCUCUUCCUCCUCAGAGCCCCUGUGGUCCAGAAGGGAGCUGGAGAGGAGGAGUGAGGGGAGGAGUCUGUCCAGUGUGGCCGAUACUAUCAGCUAUAAGAGCUCUGGACUCACCUCGUCUCUGUACCGGCCAGACCGUGUGACCUCCACCUAUGCCCAGGGGGCCCGGCCCAAGGAGACCCUCUACUCUUCCUCUAGCAGGGAGAGCAGCUCCCUCAGCCGGCACCUCUCCUCCACCUACCAGCGUUCCCCACUGGCCCGGGACUUCUCCACCACCCGGACCACUGGCCGCUCCCUGACCACCUCUACCCUCCGCACCACCAAGGAGCCCACUGAGAGCCCAGAGCCCACUCUAGGAGUCUCCUCCUCCGUCUCCUCUCGCCCCUCCUCUUGGUACACAACUCCCUCAGCAAGACGGGAGGCCCGGGACUCCAGCCCCCCUCCCGCCGCGCCAGUCCCCACCCCCAGGCCAACCCCGGAGGGUGGUGAGGCAUCGGAUGGACGUCGCUCCACCCGCCGCCUCCUCUCCCGCCUCUUCUCUCGGCGCUCCAGCCAGGACUCCAGCGGCUCCAGCUCUGGCUCCGCCUCCCGCUCCUUCGACUCAGCCGAGGACAGCCCUGUCGUUGGAGGAGACUGCCCCAGCCACACCCCCGUGGCUACCAGCGAGGAGAGUAUCCGACCCGUGAGCGUGGAAUCCGUUACCAGAGGCUCUGACGCGGCCCAGGCCUUUGCCUUCCUGAGGCGUCGCAGACAGGGCCUGUCCCCGGUCCAGGAGGGCCAGACCCAGCAUGCCCCGGAGCCCCUGGAGGCCUGGAGAGGGGGCAGCAGCAGCACCAGCGGUGGUGUUGGAAGUAGUAGUAGUAGUACUUCGGGUUCCUCCUGGCUCUCGUCUUCCAUCCGGACCCGCUGCACUCCUCUCUUCUCCCGCCGUAGAAGAGAAGGACGGGACGAGAGCGCUCGCCUGGCGUCCGGCGCCGAUGAGGAUUACCGUGGUACCCAGUUCCCCCUCAGAGACACCCCCGAGGCCAAGGCUGACGAAGAGGAGGAGGAGGAGGAAGAUGAAGAGGAAGGUGCGGCGGCAUCCUCGGGGGCGAUGGGUGCUUGCGCCGCCCUACAGGAAGAGUUGAGAGACGUGGCGGGGAGUAGUCAGCGUUUGGCGAGGUUCAUGAGCAGCCCGCUGUUCCGCGUCCACGACAACGUCAUGAUUGCCGUGGACAUGACAGGCGCCGCCAGGAGCCAACCGGAGGGCCAGGAGAAGGAUAAGCCUGCCUCCUCCAGAGACCCUGAGAGACUGAGGAAGAUCCAGGAGAGCCUGCUGUUGGAGGACUCUGACGAGGAGGAAGGGGACCGGUGUCGUAUUUGCCAAAUGGGUGAGGACUCUCCCUCCAACCCCCUGAUCGAACCCUGCCGCUGCACAGGCAGUCUGCAGUAUGUUCACCAGGACUGCAUCAAGAAGUGGCUGCGCUCCAAAAUCAGCUCUGGCACUAAUCUGGAUGCCAUCACCACGUGUGAGCUGUGCAAAGAAAAGCUGCACCUGAACAUUGAGAACUUUGACAUCAACGAGCUGCACAGGACACAUGAGAGGUCUGAGUAUGAGUUCAUCAGUUGUGGCCUUUACCUGGUGGUGUUGCUUCACCUGUGUGAGCAGAGGUUCUCUGAUGUGCUAGGAGCUGCCAACGACGCAGGGUUUUUCAACCUGGCGAGAACCCUUCACGAACACAUGGACAAUCUUGAAAGCUCUUAUGGGGAGUCGGAUGAAGAGGAGGUGGUUGAUACCCGGCCGUCAAUUGAUUUCUGUGACCUCGAUGAAGACCUGGAAGAGGAGUAUAAUUGAGUGAAGGGGAUAAGGAAAAAAGAUGGGGGGGUGGGGGGAGACAGAGUUGGAGUUACCUUGUAGUAGCAACCCAAUCUGUUGCUCUGUUUCACCUCAUGUGAUUUUACUGAGUGCAAUGGCUUGUGGGAUGAUCAACGAAAAAAAAGCCAAUGCCAAGUAGAUGGGAGGUCACGCCUGACGUAGAGGUAAUGAUGUCAUAGAUAUGCAGACAGAGGUGAGGAAAUGCUUUAUAUUUCCUUUCCUUUUGGUCUCCAGAUUUGAGUGGGCUUUAUUCCGUUAAAAUGCAAGUUGUCUUUUUGAACUGUUAUACCACGAGUGCUUGAAACGUUUACUGAUCUAAAAAAUCAGAUCUGGCCACCGUGGUGAGAUAUUGUAAAAACAAAAAGGAGAUGGAAUCAUGAACACAACACUGGUUUGUUAGUUUAGCGGUUUGGGAGAAGGAAAGGGUUCUGUUUAGGGGAGAAUAUAUCAAGAAGUGGCAAAUUAUUCCCUUUACCAUUUUUCUUUUCCUAUGUGAAUUUUCCUUUCCUUUUUGAAGCAAGUUUUUAAAAAAUAUAUAUGUGAAAGAAGGUGCCAACUUUACUUUUCACAGCCGAAUAAUUGACAGUUUAUUAACAUUUGUUCCGUUUUUCUGUCUGUUUUCAAUGUCUGCGGUAUGAAAAUGCUAUUUUGCUUGGCCCUAAAACUUGUUUUCAUGAUUGAAUUAUUGCAAUAAAGUUUUGAAUGUA